UUAGGGAGGUUUAAGUGUAGAAACCGUAACUGAUAAGGUCUUGUUGCAGAGCGAGGAGCAAGAAAGAAAAGUGGUGUUAAUGGCUUAUACACUCCUCUCAUCUUCUCCAUCUACUUUACCCUGUCGUGAAGCCUCCUCCUCUUUUUCCCACCCCAACUCGGUCCAUUUCACUUCAUUUGCUUGUGUAUCCAAAACCUUGAAUCCCUCUAAAAUCUCACUCCAAAUCACUCAAGUUUCUUUACAAGAUCCACAUACAGAUGAAAAGACUGCUCCUUCACCCAAAAGAAACAUCUGGGUCAAUCCUAACAACCCCAAAGCUUCACUUCUUAGACAGAAAUCAUUUGAUGCCAGGUACUCUUCUCUUGUUACAAUUGCUCAAUCUUUGAAUUUGUGUGAACCAAAUCAGCAAGCUGUUUUUGAUGUGUUGGAUACUUUAGGGGAUAAGAUUGUUGAGCACGAUGGUGUUGGUAUCAUUAAUAAUAUGUCCAAUCCCGAAACAGCUCCUAUUGUUCUUGAUUAUUUUGUAAAGAGGGUUAAGGCUUUUAGGGAGGUUGUUUUGUAUAAUGUGACUUUGAAGGUUUUUAGGAAAUGUAAGGAUUUUGAUAGAGCUGAGAAGUUGUUUGAUUUAAUGCUUGAUAGAGGGGUUAAACCGGAUAAUGUUACGUUUUCGACCAUCAUUAGUUGUGCUAGGUUGUGUUCUUUGCCUAACAAGGCUGUCGAGUGGUUUGAGAAGAUGGCUUCUUUUGGAUGUCAACCGGAUGAGGUUACUUAUUCCGUGAUGAUUGAUGCCUAUGGACGAGCGGGGAAUGUUGAUAUGGCAUUGAAUUUGUAUGAUCGUGCAAGAACGGAGAAUUGGCGCAUUGAUGCUGUUACAUUUGCAACGGUGAUUAGGAUAUAUGGCACAUCUAAGAAUUAUGAUGGUUGUUUGAAUGUGUAUGAGGAGAUGAAGGCUCUUGGUGUGAAGCCGAACUUGUUUCUGUAUAAUAACUUGAUAGAUGCCAUGGGAAGAGGAAAGAGGCCGUGGCAGGCAAAAACCAUUUACAAGGAGAUGAUUGGUAACGGUUUGACUCCAAGUUGGGCAACCUAUGCUGCACUAAUCCGAGCCUAUGGCCGAGCUCGCUAUGGGGAAGAUGCUGUCGCUGUGUAUAAAGAGAUAAGAGCAAAAGGAAUGGAGUUGAAUCUCGUAUUAUACAAUACCCUAUUAGCUAUGUGUGCUGAUAUAGGAUUUACCGACGUAGCUGCUGACAUAUUUGAGGACAUGAAAAGGUCUGAGAACUGCAAGCCCGAUAGCUGGACAUUUUCUUCAUUGGUUACAAUAUAUUCCUGCUGUGGAAAAGUGUCGGAAGCAGAGGCUGCACUGAGCGAAAUGGUGGAAGCAGGUUUACAGCCCAACAUAAUUAUUCUAACCUCACUCAUCCAGUGCUAUGGAAAAGCCAACAUGACAGAUGAAGUUGUAAAAACAUUCAAUCGACUUCUACAACUAGACAUAGCUCCUGAUGAGCGUUUUUGUGGUUGUCUUCUAAAUGUAAUGACACAAACACCAAAAGAGGAACUUGGCAAGCUAACAGUUUGUGUUGAGAAAGCUAAUCCAAAGCUUGGUUAUGUUGUAACACUUCUAGUUGAGGGUGAUGACAGUGAAGGAAGCAACUUCAAAAGUAAGGCUGGUGACCUCCUUGGUUCUAUUGGUAAUGAUGUCAGGAAAGCAUACUGUAAUUGCUUGAUUGAUCUCUGCGUCAACCUUGACCUUUUAGAGAAAGCAUGUGAGUUGUUGGACUUGGGACUUUCACUUGAGAUAUAUACGGAUAUACAGUUAAAAACUCCCACCCAGUGGUCCUUACAUCUGAAGAGUCUUUCCCUUGGGGCAGCUCUAACUGCAUUGCAUGUGUGGAUAAAUGACUUGUCUAGAUCUGUUGAGUCUGGAGAGGAACUUCCAACAUUAUUAGGAAUUAAUACUGGGCAUGGUAAACACAAAUAUUCUGGAAAAGGUUUGGCAGGUGUGUUCGAGGGACAUCUGAAGGAAUUAAACGCUCCAUUUCAUGAGGACCAGGAUAAGGCUGGUUGGUUUUUGACAACAAAGGUUGCAGCUAAAUCAUGGUUGAGAUCUAGACAGUCCGGGGAGGUAGUUGCUUCUUAAGGUGCUGUGCAUACUUAAAAUAUCAAUUACAGCCUGUCAAUGAGUAACUAAAACUUCAGACCGGUAUGACUCUUUAUGAACUUGUUUUCUACAUAUAGCCUUUUUCCUAUCAAUUUCCUGCUUCAGAAGCAUAUGUAUUUUGCUUAUAAAGGAGGGUUACUAAAUUGAAGAGUUUCUUCUUUUUUUUAUUAUGUCAGUUGUUUUAAUUACCUUGGUUAAUAUUUACUGAAGUCCCUUAAUGGUGCUACUGUACAAGAUAUCACAUCUUCCCCUAUGUAAAAGAUAUGUUGUAUUUAUAGGAUUGGAAGGUCCUUUCUUUAUUA